CCAUAAAACUCGUGCUGAGGUACUUUCAGUGUUAAUUCGACGGACGUCAGCUAUGAAGUCAGACCUGCUGCAUGCAGUACUCUUGAGGGUCCAUUGUCGUGUGUUAUGUGUCUCCUGAUUUACCUGAUACGUCAUGCCGUUUUGCUCAGAGCUGCAGGUGGCGCUGUGCCUUCCCUGGUUUGAGUGACUCUCAGUGUGCGUGUGGAGGCCACCUGUGAUUGAGGUGAUUCUAUUAGUUCUUCUGGGAUCCCAUCACUGUGUAUCUUCACUAUCGGUGAAGGUGUGCUGGCAGCUGAUACUGUACAUGCCAACUGAUUUUAGAAAAUGGACAGAAGUGGAAACCCAGAGGACGGGAUGUCUAACACGACUGGAGAAUUAGCAGAUUUUCUGGAGUCUAAAGGACUUGACCCAAAAAAAUGGGUCCACAUUCUGCAGUCCAAACUUGGUAUUUCAAGAAAAAAUGCUCUUCGUUUCAUCCAAAAGGAUGAAAUAGGUAAACUCAAAGAACAUGCAAAUCAUGAGUGGGAAAAAAAGGCUCUGACAGAAGCUAUCCAAGCACUUAAAAAUGAAGCGAAUGCAGAUAGACACGGCACCAUGAGAACAAACGUCACACAAGUCGAAGAACUGUAUGACGAAACACAGGAAGCUGUGAGGCUUAACUUAGAAGGCAAAACAGAUGGAAAUCUUAAACCUGAAUUCAGACUCAUCCAAACUCCGUUGGAAAGCACAAUAGCAAAGAGACUUGAUGGUGAAAGUAAGGUGGUGCUACAGAGAUCCGCGUGGACUGCACAGGAAGUACUUUUAAAAGCCUCGGGGGGUUCGGCGUGCUGUGGAAUCUAUGUGACCAAGAAGGAAAGCAGCUUACUAGGACGACGUCGACAAGUCAUUACUGUAAAUAAUGAUUUGGAAUUCAGUGGAUCAGACCUUGCAGAACAAGCAGUCACCCAGGAAUUUCAUGAACAAGCUUCCAUGCAAACUUUCCUGAAUAAGAUGGAAAACCAUGGAAAGACAUUUGCUGUUGCAGCGAAUGUUAAUACUUUGUUUUUCCAAGCAGAAGGCAGUGCAUCGUGGGGCAGAGACACGGAAAAUGAGUCAACACAGGACACCAGAUCGCAUUCAAAUUAUGCUUUGGCUAUAAAAUAUUUGAAAGUACCUAUCAAAAGUAUUUAUUUGAACACUACUUCAGUUAAACUCAACAGAGAAGUUCUUGAUGUAUUAGUCAGCAUUGAAACAAAGCUGGCAAAUAAAAACCAAAACAGGGAGGGAAUUUUUCAAAACUUCUUUGAAACGUAUGGGUCCCAUGUUUGUGUUGGACUAGUGGAGUUUGGUGGCAUUAUGUAUGGGAAAGCAGAGAGUACACACAUGAAAAGCAGCCAGAAAGAGAGUACCAAGAACUUGGUAAAGGAAGCUGUUAAUGCUUCAUUUUCUUUAGGAGGUUCUGUUGGUUCGAUUAGUGGAGGACUCAAAACCGGGUACAGUGCUCAUGAUCUUAAAGGGUCUCUGUCAGGGAGAUACACUGAAGAUGAGCUCAAGUCUGUCAGCGUGUCUUUGACACGCAUCGGUGGACCUCCAGAAGUUAGUGAAACAGAAGCCUGGAAAAAAGGAUUAGUGGAACACAAUUCCACCUGGAGACUUAUAGACAAAGGUUCUGAUUUAAAAGCAAUCUGGGAACUUAUUCUGUUUCACAAGGAUCACUUCAGCGAUGGCCUGAAUCUAGCACUCAGUAUGCAGAGUGCAUGGGUCGCAAUCACAGGCAUCAACCAAAGGAAGUUAGACAAAUCUAAAUUAAGAGCAGAGCAUUUACAAGAGACAGUGUCCAAAUGGUUGGAAAAAGCCUCUGACGAUGACAUCGUGUCCAAUUUGCAGCUCAUGUCACAGAGCAGAAUGUCUGCAGGCAUUUCACAGGAUGACUGGAACCAUUUUAUUGUAAUGAACGGAAUCGCUCAAAAGUAUUUGAUCCAUGCUGCUGAAAUGAUUCACACCAGUGAUCUUCAGUCCCAAGUGGAAAUCAAAAGCCACAUCAAACACAUUUUGGAACCAAUCGAUCAAAUCAGUAAAAUAAACUUCCCAGAGAUUCAGAAGGUUCGAGAAAUCAUGAAGUCAGAGACGAGCAAUACCAUUCAGCCGUACGUGCUAGAAAACCUGGAAGACCUAAUGAAUCUACUGCUUAAAUAUAACAGUACGGUGCAGUUUGCAGACACAAUUAGGAAAGAAACUAUCUUUCAAACGUUUUUAAAACGUCUUCAGCUGACAGCCACAAAUCUUUGGCAAAUCAAACUCACAAGUUCAAGACAAGAUGAAGUGUAUGAAUACUUAUUAAUGACAGCUGUGAUCCAAACUUUAGGUUACAAUCCACAAACACAGGUCUUCUGUGAGCCCCACAAACUGUCAGAUAUUCAAGCUGCAAUACACAAGCUUGCACAUAUCCAAGACAGAAUACUCGCAAACCGAAGCGUUUCACAACCACAGUGGUUCCAAGCAUUUGUCAUAGAACAAGCCAUUAGUGCCACUAAUCCUACCGACGCAUGGUCUAUGUAUUCAUUUGUUUGCUCUACCAUGGAAAAACAUAUUCCAAAUGGACUAAAUCAGCAUUUGAGAAAGACCCUGCAAGUCUACAAACAUCACACUGAUAUUGACAUAAUUCGCUGGAACAUGGAAAACAUUUUGAAAGGUUCAAACCAGCCCAGUUGUGAUGGUGUUGGACUGAAAAAUUUGGAAAGUGAACUUUCUGAGUUACUGACUCACAGAGACAGACUUACUGAUGAUCAUCAACAGACAGUUAGCAGUGACACAGCUACGUCUCAGCUCCUUGAACAGCUGAACCUAAAAGAGUACUUUCCCCAGAAGUUAACUCUGCAGAAGGUCUUAAGCCUCUCGAUGGAUGUUAUCAGCUGUAAGCAGCCAGCAGACAUCCAAGAACUACCCUGGUACUUCUUACGGAACAUCAUGCUUGGAAACAGUGAUACCAGGGAAAUGUCUGCUAGGGUUCCAGAGGUAGAAUCAAAAUCCAGUGAUGCUGAAGACUCAAACCUUGGGUGGGGUGCCAUUGAUGGGACACAAUUUAGUCAUACAGACAAUCAAACAUCUUCUCUGACUAUUGAAAUUCCACCACUGGAUCUCAUCACAGCUAUUUUUAUGUGCGCUGACAACUUUUUAAGACAAGUUCUUGUCAGUAAGAUGUCAAUGUGCCAGUAUGCAGUGCCAUUCAUUCUUCCAAACAGUGCACAUGUCCAUGAUGGUGCAAAGGACAUGCUGCUGCUCUGGUCACUGAAAAAUGUUAGUAAAGAAUGGAAAGAAGUAGAAAAGGUUCAUAAAUCCACACUGACAGAAGCAAACCACCCCAUUGUUUCAUUCAUAUGCUAUGGAGAAGAGGACAGACUGAAGUCGAAGCUUCUGAACCUCGUUAUCAGUUCAAGUGGACAGCACAGAAAUUAUUUUUGGCACCAUGAACUUUCUGGAGGUCACCUCAAAAGCAGAGUUGCAAGUGGUCUUGUUGAAGUACUCUGGUACUUGCCAGAUGGUGAAGAAGGAACAAAAUUACCAUUUCCAGUGACUUUUGCAAACCUCCGUGGUAAUGGCCUGUCUCUAACAGCUACCUCAACUUUUCUAAGUGAAAUCUCAGCUGCAACCUGCAUUUUUAUAGAGGAGGUAACAACAGAUGUUAUCCAGGAAGUGCAAAAAUUAAGACAUGACAAUAUGCUGCUUGUAGUACUUGAUCACAACAGAAAUGCAACCAUAGAACAGUUAAAAACACUCCGUUGUAGACCUGCUUUGGUCUUGCAUUCUUUUCAAGAAGCUGUCAAACACUGUGAUGUUGUUGUGAAGGAACUCAGGACUACAAUCAUGAAAAAAAUGAAGAAAACAGACCACAAAUCUCUCUCACAAGUUGCCAUAUUUGCAAAACAUUGUCAUGGGCAUCACUUCGUCACUGACGUUGGUGAAGAUAAAUAUGGCACCAUGGAGGUGAUCAAAGAACUUGAAGAAAAAGGCGCAGAAGCAAAAGUACAAACUCUGCCGCGUCAAGGAGCAAUCCUGAAAAAAAUCUCUCAGCUGGACAAAGAGCAAUACAGAAAGAAAAAGAAUUACUCGUGUUCUCCUGAGGUUUACGCCCUGCAGUUAGGUCAAGAGAAGAAGUCUCUGCGCCAGCAACAGUUGGACAUGCCAUUAUCGAAUGUAUUGAAAUGGUUUCUGAAGCACAUCAGCUCCUCGAACCGUCAAAACAAGAAGUUCUUCGUAAGAAAUCUCAAACUGAUGUUAGAUUCACACUCAAGAAAAGUGCUCUCUCCUUUACAGAUUAAAUACAACAGUGUAAGAGCUGAUAGCAAACUGACAGAUGGAGAGAAAAAAACGUAUCUUGCAAAUAUUGAUGGAGAAUUUUCAAACGCAUCCUUGGGAUUAGAACAUCUUUUCCGUGAGUUUAGUCAAAUAUAUGAGGCUGCAUAUUUGUGCGAGGAAAACCAAAGCAGUUUUUCAUUAAAAAGGUGCUGUGUGACGUUGGCUGAAAUCGUGGCAGAAACGCUGAUUGAUGGACACCCACUGGAGCUCAUGGACGGAGACUCAUCAUAUGUUCCAGUUCCCUGGUUAACAACUGUAUUCCAGAGCCUUGAGAAAAAGCUUGGUGGUGUGAAGAUAUUUGUUUUAUCUGUCCUUGGAGUGUAGAGCUCUGGAAAGUCCACCUUACUGAAUACGUUGUUUGGCCUGCAGUUUUCUGUGAGUAGUGGGAGGUGCACACGGGGUGCGUACCUGCAGCUGAUCGAACUGGCUGAAGAUGCUAGGAGCACCUAUGGCUUUGACUUUCUGGCAGUGAUUGACAGUGAAGGGCUGAAGUCACCUCAGCAUUCCUCUCUGGAAGAUGCUCAUUUACAUGACAAUGAACUAGCUACAUUCAUCAUCGGUAUAUCUGACAUCACACUUGUCAACAUUGCCAUGGAGUCUACCAAAGAAAUGGAGGACACUUUGCAGAUUGCAGUACAUUCAUUUCUACAAAUGAAUACUGUCGGUGAGAAGCAAGGAUGUCAGUUUGUGCAUCAGAAUGUUGGAGCCGUUGGUGCAAAAAUUGCCAAUGCCCAUGGCACUGAUAUAUUUUUGGCAGAUUUAAACAGAAUGACUUUAUCUGCAGCUAAGCUGGCAAAACGUGAGGAAGCAUUCAAAGAAUUCAGGGACGUUCUGCUCUAUGAUCCAGUUGAUCAUAUCAUCUACAUCGACGGAUUGUGGCAAGGAAGUCCACCAAUGGCUCCUAUAAACCCCGGGUAUUCCCGAAAAGUUCAGCAGCUUCGACAGUCAAUCUUCAAACAAAUCAAACUCUUACAAGAAGUACACAAGAAAAAACUCUACACACUCAGCGCAUUUACCAAAAGAAUAAGUGACAUCUGGGAAGCCAUUAAAUGUGAAAACUUUAUUUUCAGUUUCCAGAAUUGUCUGUCCAUCGAAACAUUUAAUGAUGCCAGAACAUUUUUGAUCAAGUGCAUGAUGGAAGUUAAGCAGAAAAUCAGAGAAGAGACGGAACGGCAAAAGAUCUGCCUGAAGGGAUUCUCAGGGAAAGAACUGCAAAAAAAGUCUGAAGAGUCCAAACAAGAGCUGGAAUCACACAUCGACCAUGAGGCUGUGGAACUAGAAAAACAGCUGAAUGAAUACUCAGAAAGCUGCAAGUACCCACACUUACUGGAGAAGUACUUAUCAGAUCUUCAGCAGGAAAUAUCUCACAUGAAAAAAAGUCUGGAAGCUGAAACACAAAACUCAAUUCAACUUUGCGUCGAUAUGCAGAAAACAGAAUCCCGUUCUCAAGAUUUGAUGAGAAAUGGAAGAAAACUGGUGGAGGAAAGAGUCCUGAAGGCUGCAACGUCUGAAGUAAUGACAUCAAAAACAAAGUCUGAGACUGAGACUGAAUUCGAGAAGCUGUGGAAUGAUGUUACAGGAGAAGUGUCCAAUUUAAACCCAGAGGAUAACUGCCUGGACAUAGACUAUGAAAUGAGAAAGAUCAUCCUAAAUUCACCUUCUAUCAAUGCAUCCAUCAGGGAGAAAAGGUUAGGAAGCAAAAAACUGAAGCAGUAUCCAACAAAAUCAUUUACAGUAACAAGGAAACAUUUGGACAGAAAGCUCACCCGUGACCCACGAACGUGGCUUCAAUAUUUUGCGUCUCAUGUGGAGCGAUUCAAUCUGAAAGUCAAAGAAAUCACUGAAUCAGCAAAAGACCGCCUGCAGGACAUCAUACUGAAGAAAAACAUUGGCACAGAUGUUGAGCCAUGUGCAAUAUUUGAAAAUAAAUUUGCUGAGAAUUUUUUUGACUUCGUAUUUUACAAAAUAUCAAGCAUUGAAGAUGAGUAUUGUACCAUAACUCCAAGGUUUCACGUAGAGCUUGUACUAUACCUUGGAGCAAAAGCUGUAAAAUUCUUCCAAAAGAAGCACAAUCUAGCGAUACAGAAGUAUCACCCAAAAGCUCAAUUGCAGGAGUUAAAAAGUCACUAUUUCACCAUUUUCAAGCUCUAUCAAAGUGGAGCAGACAUAGCCCAGGCAUUCACAGAGGACUUCCUUUUUGAUGAAGUUGUUCAGAAUGUCAAGGCGCACUUUAAUGCUUGCAAUUUGGCACAUUUGGCUCAAACUAAACUUGGUACAAAGCUAAACGAUCACCAAAAUGUGCAGCUGCAUAUGAUGGGUGAGCUUGCAAAAAAGAAUUUGUUUUCCGAGUAUAAAUGGUACAUCAUGCAGUACGAUCACAGCACAAAGGUCUGGAUCAAAGAUCAGUGUGAAACCGUGUUACUGCAGCAGACAGGUGGCACGUCCUUUGUCCUCCAACAAGCUCUGAACAAACUCCACAGUCUUCUUCUCAACCUAACAGACGCAAUGAUGGAAGCCGAUAAGCGUCAGUGUGAAACACGGGCGCAGCUCCUCAGGAUGUUUGCACAGAUUGUCCAGCAGGAGAAAAAACUCAUGGAGAUUAAAAAAGAAAAACUGGAAAGUUUCAUCAAGCUGACUGAAAAAGAGAAAUGGGAAAAUUCCAAAGAGAGCGAUGAAACACAUGAGAAAGACAGAGUCAAACACUUUGGGCUUGUAGUUUAUACGUUACUCAGUUCGGACACCACCAAAAAAACACUCGACAAAGAGAUUGCUUCAUGGGACGUACGCAAACACAUAGAAAAAAUCAGGGUGGAGGAUUUCAUCUUCAAAGAGGUCAAAAGUUGCGAAAGUGCAUGUCCAUUUUGUUGUGCACCUUGUGAGACGCACAGUAGUGGAAUGACGACAGGAGAACAUGAGGUAACUCUGCACAGACCACAAGGCAUCAGUGGUUACAGAUGGCUUGACUCUGGAAAGCUCGUGAUUGACCUCUGUCCCACUCUUGUGGUGCCGUCAGCAAACUUUCAAUUUAAAAACAAAGACACUGAUGACAAACUGCACCCAUACAAGGACUACAAGAAAAUCUACAAAGACUGGACCAUUCGACCAAAUCCAAACCCACAGUCUCUGAGAUACUGGAAAUGGGUCUUUGCUAAAUUUAAAAAAGAAUUUGUAUCAUUUUAUGGGGCAGAUUCAGUCAAUAUUCCAGAUGAGUGGAAAAACUAUUCAUGGAAGGAUGUGAAGGAAGACAUGGAAGGAAUUUUUAACAUCCAGCUUAGCUCUUAAAAAGCAAACAAGAUUGAGAAACUAAAAGUAGAAAUGAUAAUAUCAUAGGAGACAAUAUUUUUAUAUAUAUAUAUACACACACACACACACACUUUGUAUUUUGAGUAUACCUUCAGUUUUUUUUUUUUUCACAUGAAUAAUAGCUUUACAUCUUACAAUAUAUGUAAAACCCAGGCGGCUUCAUUUUUUUCGGGUACUACCACAAAAUGUUGGAACCAAUUUUAUUUUAGCUCAACACUGAAAUGGUCUUUUUGAUUUUAUAUUUCUAUGUGACAGUUGAAUCAAAUGUAACUUCACUCUAUUAUCUCUAGACAUAUUUGUAAAGGUGAUUGUGAAAAGUAUCCAGAAAGUAUCAGUGUGUGUGACAUCUUUACCAUACAGGACGUCAAUGUGUUUUGCUGUUUUUAAUAAUUAUGUUUACUUCUAGCAAGUUAAUAUUUUCAUCAUCUGUAAUGAGCCGACAUUGAGCUUCUUGAAAGAAAGAAAUUGACAGGACAAAACCUAUGAAAAUAUAUUGUGUAAUUUUGUGAACAAAUAUUGAUUCAUGGUAUUUGCUAUUGCUCUACAUAAAUGUUGAUAACAUUAUAUUAACAUGUAGAAAUGAUGACUUUCUAUUGACAUUUAUCGAUAUAUUGAUCUGGUGCAGUAUGCAAGAAAAUGCCAACAUACUCAAUGAUAUUUCAGUCAAUUUCUUGAAUGAGACACACUGCUGAUCCUUUUUUUCUUAUUAUUUUUAUAUAUGUAGAUCAGUUAUAAUUUUUUUGUUACUUAUACUUCAAUUUACAUGGAACAUGGUAAAGCUAAUCAUGCUCAUAGAGACAUUGGAGAGGUGUAGUUUUGGCUGCACAGCCAACCACUGGUGACGUUUUAUUCAGAGCUGUUACAGCAAUAAUACGCUGUUGACAAAACUGAAGUCUGAUCAAAUAAACAUCUGUAGAUUAAAUUUGGCCUGAAAUCUGUUUUUAUGACUUCCUCUGAAAUGUAUAUCUUUGUUUUUCUGAAUGAUACUUAUUCUAUAAUGUGUUGUUGGCAAGAAAUAAACAGAAGCAUGAUGGGAAACAGAA